AUGUCCCGCACCACCACAGCCUUAGCCGUUACUGAAAUCGGCGGUCCGUUUGAGUUGCGUGAAGUCCAGCUCAAUCCCAUACAGCCGGAUGAAGCUCUUGUAGAGAUCCACGCGGCGGGCAUCUGCCAUACCGAUCUCUCUUCUGCCAAUGGCACCCUGCCCGGUGCUCCUGGCGCAGUGCUUGGCCACGAGGGCGCCGGAGUCGUUCUAGAGGUAGGAUCCGCUGUCACUUCGGUGGCCAAGGGGGACAAGGUCCUGUUGUCCUUCUCUCACUGCGAAUCUUGUGCUCCCUGCACGUCUGGACACCCUGCCUACUGCUACGCCUUUAACGACAGAAAUUUCGGCGGUAAGCGUCCGGACGGAUCGAGCUCUAUGGUAAAAGCAGACGGAACAACCCCGAUUUUCAGUUCCUUCUUCGGCCAGAGCGCAUUUGCUCGACACACCCUGGUCCACAAGUCUAGCCUGGUGAAAGUGCCGCCGGAGACCAAUCUGAGCCUGUUUGCACCUUUGGGAUGCGGCGUCCAAACCGGCGCUGGUGCUGUGCUCAACACAUUGAACGUUACGGAAGGAAGUACCCUGGCGGUCUUUGGUGUCGGAUCGGUUGGGUUGAGCGCCGUCAUGGCCGGUAAGCUGAGGGGAGCGAAGACGAUCAUCGCUGUGGACCUUCAGCCGUCGAGACUGGAACUCGCGAAACGGUUAGGUGCAACCCACGGGAUAAUUGGCACGGGAGACGUCGUCGAGGAAAUCCGGAAAAUCUGCCCACCGGUUGGGGUGGACUUUGCCGUCGAAUGCACGGGCAAUACAAAGGUGAUUGUGUCCAUGAUUGACGCGCUCGGCACCAGAGGAAGGGGCGCCACGGUCGGCGCUCCAGGUUUUGGUUCUCGGAUCAGUGUUGAUGUGAUGAAUCAUCUCACCUAUGGGAAAGAAUACGUCGGCUGUUGCGAGGGUGACAGCCUGCCGUCGAAAUUUAUUCCUUAUUUAAUACAACUACAUGCGGAGGGAAAGCUUCCUUUGGAAGAGCUUAUUACCUUUUAUGAUGUCAAGGACUAUGAAAAGGCAAUCGAGGACAGUAAAACAGGACGGGCAUUCAAGGCUGUGCUGAAGUGGGAGUCGACGUAG